UCUGCUGAAGUCAAAGGCAGAACCCAGACAAAGGAGCGGCUCCCAUCCGACGACGUUUACCAGAACUACGUUUACCAGAACUAGCGGGUCGUUUCCCAAGCGCUGAAGUAGGCGGGCCAGUAUGACCUUAGUCAAUGCCAGCUUUGUCCCCCCUCCGCCAUUCUCAAUCCUCUUUGUCCUUACUCUCCCUCCUGCCCUCUUUGGGCUCUCUCCACCCUCAGUUCAUUCCAAACCUUCUUCCUGAGGCAGAAAAACAGUGUCGCCUUAUUCAUGCUAAGCUGUAAAGGACUCCUGGGAGGGCGAAGUUUCCCACUGCACCUAGUACCAGCCUUCACUUGUGGACCCCCAAACCCCGGGUGUCGAGUGAGGAAGCCCCCCAGGUGGACCGGGAGGGAGAGGAAGCGCACGGGCUGCUGGGUGUCAGGUGGGGGCAUCCUGGGCAGCGGCAGGCUGAUUUGGAGCUCUGGAGCAAGUUCAAAUCCUGCCUCUGCCCUUGCUCGCCGCAACCCUUACCCACCCUCUGGGCCUCAGUUUACUCAUCUGUAAGGGAGACCUACUCUCCUGGCCGCGAGGAUGAGAUGAGAUGACGCGUGCCCUGCACCUGGCUUGCUUGGUAGGUUGGUUCAGUUUCCUGCCUCCUCCCACCCGCGUCCCAGGCCAACACUUGGGGCGGAGGGGAGUGGGUUUCGCGCUUAAUGCUGAAGCGACUCCAUUCACUUUUCAAACUCUAGCUGGUAAGUCACGCCCUCUCGGGAACGGCCUCCUGUUUGCGGAGGCUUGGCCGCUGCUGUCACUGCGCAGCAUCACACGGGCCGGGAGCGCGGAGGGCGGUCCCGGGCCGGGCAUCCGGGGCGUGGGCGCAGCGGCCAGCGGAGGAGACAGGCGGGCGGAGUCCGGCGGGCGCGCAGUCCCCGGCGGUGAGGGCUCCCGGGAGGCGCGCUUGGCAGCGCGGGGAGGACACAGCGCGCAUCGGGCCCCGCAACCCUGCUCGGCGCGUCCCCAUCGCGCCCACCCGCGUCCCGGUGGCUGCGGCCGGUCCAGGCGCCCCCGCGGAGUCGGUGCGGACGUGGGGCGCGUGCGGUGGCCAUCCCCCACGAGGCUCCGCCAGCUCGCCUCCAUUAGCGACGUGCAAAGCGGUUCUGGGAAGUUCACGGACUCGGGGACCCAGUUUUCAGAUUGAAAGGAGCGACUUCCCAAAUCCUCUGGAAGCCGGAAUCCACGCUGACCCUCACGGCGGAUGUCUGCAGCCACCCAGCAGCUGGGCUUUGCGGGCCUGAUUGGGUACCGGUCGGUCUGGCACCGCGUCUGAGAACAAUUGGGCUUUCCUAAGGGUUUCCUCCGGCUGUUUUGGUUCUCACCGCUCCUGCUGCGACACCUGUUACUUUGGUUAACUGCUCUAUUUUCUGAAGUAACUGGUAACAGGGAGCAGUGUUUGCAGUGGGUAAGAGAGGAUACGUUUCUGUUCUGUUUGAAUGCUGCCUUUGACACUGGCUUCGUGAUCUGCGCUACUUAGCUGAACCCUCUGAGACUCAGCUCCCUCCUACGUGAAGGUGAUUCGUAGGGUUAUUGUGAAGAUUAAGGAAGACAGUCCGUGUAAGGGGCAGCACUGACCUGGUGCAGGAUGGCCCGUGGUGAUGGUAGCCCAUAUCACUGUCAGGUUUGCAGUCUGUCAUACUUUCACAAGACGGGCCACUGCACAUGGCCGGUGACCUCAUGGCCUAGGAAAAGAUGACCUACAGGAAGAGGGGUUGAUUUCUUGCCCUCAUUACAUGUCCUUUAUGGCGCUGGGACCGAGGCUGAGCUGCUCAUUUUGGGGACUGGCAAUGUGGCAGAAGGAAAGAAGAAAGGCGAAACUAUGCAGUGGCUUCGGAAGCUUCUGUUUGGAAAUAAGCUUCCUUGUCACUUCCAUUCGUGUUUCAUUGACAUGGCUGUCAACAGAGUGAGAAGUAUCAUCUUUCUAAAGGAGCAGAGCCGUCGGGGUAGGCCUGGUAGGGAGUGGCAGCAAAUAUUUGAUAGGUACAGUCUCUCAGUGUUUGUCGGAGGGUCACAGUUAUGGACUGGAAGUCCAUGAGACCCUGAGAGACAAUGCACAUCAAGACGCUCAUAGCCACUCAUUUAUAAACCAGUGUGCUAAAUUUUUUCCCUUGCAGUGGAUACUGUAUCUGGGUACCAGCCACAAGAGCCUGUUUGAGGCAAACUUUUCAUGGUGGCAGAUUUGCUCAAAAGACUGAAUCCUAAACUAUUAAGUUAUACAAAGAACACAAAAACAAAAUUGGGUGUUACCAAAAGACUAUAUCCAGAACACAUCACGGAACUGUGAUUAUCCAAAGUCCAAGAAUGAAUUAGAAUGAAGGCAGUGUACCCUAAACGAGGCUGAGAUCAUGGACAGAUUCUUGCUCUUCCUUUUAAAGCUCUUUACUUGUUAACAGCUAAUUCUUUUCUUGUCACCCGCUAAUUGCAUCAUCUAAUGGUUUGUUAUAUUUUCUUUCAUGCUGUCUGCUUCUUGAAUAAUGAGACUUUGUUAUCAUCAUUGAAGAAUCUUCAAAUCACAGUGUAGGAUGGAUUAACCAAGUCUACCCAUUGUGUGUUUUCUUACUGUCUUCGGUUUCAUAGUAAUUUUUACCACCCUUUGGCCAGUGUUUUGAGGGUUCCUCUCACUUUUCUGCUUAUAGUUGGAUAUCUCGUCUGCAUAGGUAAUGCAAUAUGAUGCAAUAAUGUCCAAAAAGAAUCUAUUAUGAAAGUAAAUUUAAAAUUAAGGAUGUGUUUCCAAAUCCAUAAAAAAAGAAAUUUUGCUUUGCUGUGUCGUUUGUUGAAUAGUUGAAUAAAUUGAGAGUUUGAUUUUUAGCAGCAUAACUUUGCAAAAUGGAAGGAAAGAUUGUAUCUCAAAAGUAAACAUCAGCACACAAAGAAAAAGAAAGCAUUUUUUAACCAGUUUACUUCUGACACCAGCAUCUAUUAUAGAUGGCAGACAGAAAACCAUGAAACUACAAAUUAACUUCACUUACCACUACUGAUCCCCAGGGGCUGGUCGGGUUGCCGAGUGGUUAAGUUCACGCACUCUGCUUCAGCCACCCAGGGUUCGAGGGUUGGGAUCCUGGGUGUGGACCUACACACUGCCUAUCAAGCUGUGCUGUGGCGGCA